CCUUACUAUUACCACGACAAAUUUCCCGCAGGAGAUAUUUCUUUCCAUCUAAAACCGUCGCUCUCUUUCUUGGUCCUAGGGAAUCGCGAUACGAGCCAUUCAAUCUCAACGUCGCUUUUGUUUCAGAAUCUGAGGAGGAACUGAAACUUUAGUGUUUCGACUUUUGCAAUUCAUUUGGUUUUGAGAUAAAUUUCAUCGAUUCGCGAAUGACUAACGCUAGAAAACAAGAAUCUGUUGACGAUCAAUCCAACGGUGAAGAUUUCCCCGACACAUCGGACACCUCAUCUGUCGGUGCGCUCUCUUCCAGCGGCAUCGAGUCCUCUAGCGUUGGAUCUGGGAGCGUUUCGGGAGAGAAUGGUACUGUCAGGGCCGGAGCUGGACUUACGGAGCGAUUGGCCGAUAUUCUUGUGGACGAUGGUGACGGAGACUUGUUGCUUCAGCAAAGCGACCGUGAGGAUAGGGUUCUGCAGUGGCUACAAGCUCUGGAUAUGCAAGUGAUGGGAGCUUGUCGAGUAGACGAGAGGCUAAAGCCUUUGUUGAAGGUUAACGUUUCUAGCGGCGUUACCGAGGAUCGGUUGUUGGCUCAUUUGAGUCAGCACUUCGAUCCGUCUGAAGUCGGGAUGCUAGCCAGGUGCUUCUGCAUACCUCUGGUUUCGAUUCGUGUUGGGAAGGUCAGCAAGCAAGGCACUCUCCUUUGCCCAACUACUACAAGGGGAAAUUUAAGUCUUAUGCUCUUGCCAACAUCUGAUUUGCGCCUCUCAUUUAUUGGGGAUGAUGGUCAGACAGAGAGGCUGUUUACCUUAAGUAGCAAAUCCCAGUGUGCUGCUGUUGCAAUUACUGACAUCCCAGCAGACAAUUCUGGACGAUCCUUCCAUGUGAAGGUGCCAGAUGGGAAAAUGUUUUACUACUGGUGCUCAGAGAAGUCAAAGCUUUUAGGAACUGAAUUGCUCUCAAAGAUGAAGGGUUUAAUCAAGAGGAAACCAUCUAUUGCUGAAUUAACUGGAAUCAGUGAGUCACGUCUUGGUUGCUUUGCAACUCUGCUUCGUGCUUAUCUUGUAGGAACAACAGUGAGUAUCACACAGGCAAGUCUGUCAGGAUCACCAUUGUCUUCACCUGAGACUGCAUCUGAUUCUGCAGAUGUGCAAGCUGCACAAUCUUCAUCCAUAUCCAAAUCUUUGAGAUCUCAGCAAUCUAGCAGUCAAGCACUCAAGGCUAAUUCCCUAAGUCCAAGAACAAGUUCUUUCAAAGAGGGUCCAUUUAGAAACUUGUCUUCCUUAAGGAGUGCUGCGAGGGAUAAGUUACUGAAGCAUGGGGAAAGCCAUCUUUCAGUAUCUGAUAACGUUACCAUUUCUUCACCAAGCACUACGGAUUCAUGUAGUAGCAAUCAAGCUGAGAAUAACAAGCUUCCAGAUGUCAAAAGUUGUCCACUCGCACCAGAUAUUUUGGAAUCACUGGGGAAAUUUGCUCUACCACCAAGUCUUGGUCCUACCUCUCAGCUUUCCUCUAUAGGACCACCUCUUUUUUCUCCUUACUAUUGUUGGUGUCCCCCAGGGUCAUCUAGUCUCCAACACUCAACUGCAUUGCCUGAAUUUCCCGCUUCCUCUGUGAACUCAUUUCCACUUCCCCCACUUUCUUCUAUAUUGCCUGUUAACAGUACUUCAAGUUUCUUGAAACCCACACCAUCCAUAAAUCUGGCCCAUGCUUCCUCAUUGGAUUUCCCAGCAUUACUGCCAGAUCCAUUGGUACACCUACCGACAGCAAAUUCAGAGCAGAUCCCGACCUUCACCCCUUUGAUGUGUGACCCGAUUGUUCACAUUCCAGUCAUUGAUGUUUGCUCGUCAGGCCAAGGUUACCUGGUGGUGAGUGCUGGUCCUGCCAUUUCAACCACUAUUCCUCCAUUGCACCCUAAACUGGUUAACCCAUUGCUACCUGAAACCGAUGCUGUGGUGGAAAGUGGUGCAAGAGAAACUCUGCGGUUGCUCAUCAGUAGCUCUAGCCAGACAACCCCUCCAUUACUAGAUGUAUUGCCUGCCGUUCUGACCAAUGCUGAUGACAAGAGAAGUAUCUUUGUGGCUGGAAGCCGAGCUCUGUACAGUGGAACAAGGGAUGUUAAUGGUAUUGUCGAUGGCAUUGCUGCCAUGAGUUUGGUCACGCUUUCUGGGGGCACAAUGGGAACAAAUCUUAUUAAAAAGUGCAACAGCCACGACGAUCUUGGUGUACAGCCAGGUGAAUCUGCUGGUUCUGAUGGAUCUAGUUCAGACAGUGAGGCUACUCAUCCGUCAAACUUGAGUGAAGGAAGCAGCAAUUGUUAAUUUGAUUUUUCUUAUUUUUGUUGUAGAUCGUUUUUGGCCUCCCCCGAAAUUUGUAGAUAUGUUUCUGCAGUUUUGUUUUGUAAUUAGUAAACAUGCAAAGCCUUUGCAUGAGCCCAUGUUCUUAAGCUGUUGAUGAGAAUUGCUAGUCUAGAGUGUUUUUUUUCUUUUUUUUCUUCUAUUUUGUCAUUAGGCUCACUCUAAGCAAGAUUGCUAUCGAUGGUUGCAGGUGAUUGAUAAUUGGCAAAUAAUAAAAUAGACAGUAGAAC